AUGGUACAGGGUAAGGGAGGAAAAGCUGACCCGCGAGUCAUGGGAAAGGACGAGGAGCACCAAAAGAGCAUUGUAAAGUUGAGCCAGAUCAAGAAGAUCAUGAAGGACAAGACUAGGAUGAGGAUAUCGAAGGAUGCGCUUGUUGCGGUUUCUGCAUGUGUGAUGUACUUGAUCAGUGAAAUCACUGACGGAGCAAAGAAUGUUGCAAACACCGACGGCAAGAAGAAGGUCAUGCCUAAGCACAUAAACCAUGCAAUAUGUAAUGAUACUGAGCUUCACUUUGUUGGGCACGAUUGGCUAAUAAAGAACGGAGGAAUGAAGUCAUACAUUUCGCCCGGGGACUUCUCGGUGUCAAGUAAGAAAGGAUCUUCGAGAGAUUGA